UCCAAUCGCAUGGGGGGAUACUGCAGGUGCUGAGGGCUGUCAGGAGAAGAAGGCACUAAAACGAAAAUUAAAAUUAAAGCAUUGAAUUAAUCUCGGAUUAUCCAGCGAUGGGGGCGAACGGCAGCACGAGGCGGGUUUCCUUCGGCAAAGACGAUCAGGAGCGAGUGACAGUUUUACAGGGACUGAGGCUGUCUGAAAGCCUUGUCUCACGAAUGAAGGAUCUUCCUCAACCGUUGUCAAAGCCAUCAAACUCCAACACUGCAGGACCUGAUCCACGUGAUAGUGCGACACUGAAGCAAUCUGGGAUCGAAGAGGAGUUGUUUAGGAGGUGUGAAAAAGAGGAGGCACUGGUGAAAGAAGAGCUGUCUAAGCUUGCUCAGCAAGAACAAAUGGUGGCCGUUGCUGACCUCAAAGAGCACGUAAUCUCAUCUAAGGAGCAGCAAAACAUCAAGCAGCUAGCCAGCCAACUGGAAAAGAAGGAAGCAGAUCUUCAGAGACUUGAAGCCUUUUAUAAAGAACAAUUGGAACUUAUAGAACAGAAGCAUGCGGACUACUACAGGCUUGCGUCAGCACAAUUUGAUGAAGAGGCAACAAUAGCAGACACCCGUGUCAAGAUGAGAAACUAUGAGCCUGUCUGUGUAAAUCUGCAGUCCCAGAUCCUUAAUUGUUACCAAGAAAAUCCGCAGCUGACCUUAAAGUGUUCUACCUUUGCCAAGGAAUACCGUCACUGCAUCCGGGAGGCACAAAAGAUGCUGUUGGUGAAUCAUGGCUAAAGUGCAAGAAGGCUUUGUUCAGUGCCUGUUCCCAUGGAAACAGCGUUCCCUGCUUCUCAAAGAUGACAAAAAGUGUUUGUCUAAGAUUCUGUUUAUCAGUAAAUAUACAUUUGAACUGACUUCAUUUUCAUCAACCCCUUGGUGUUAGCUGACAGCAGUUGUGCCCCAGUGUUUUAUUGAGGCUGUCUAUACAUCAGCCCAAAUAUUACUCCCCUUAUACUGUAUGUACAUAUGGAACAUUCCAUCAUGUCGUACCUCAGCUCUUCACUUGAAAUCUCAUGUUAUAAUACUGGAUGGUUCUGUAUUUGUUGUGUUCAGUUGAAUAAAGUUUUUCUUUGGCAA